AAAUAUCUAAUAGCAAAGGCAUAGAAACGAUAGCUAAAACAUUCUCAAUUUUAAACAGAAAAUGUGUUAAAAUUUUUGGUAUACUUUUUUUGAAACGAACUACCCAAAGGUCUAGCCACAAAGGGAAUUACAAACAGUUAUGGAGUGCGAGAAGAUUGUUGAGGCCACCGGCAUUGCUGGUGACCACAAACAGGACACGACCCUGGAGCAGGAGCUCGAGGGUGCCCUGUCCUCAAGCAGUGCCGAUGAUACGCCGCCGGGCAUGAUCAUUGUGGGAAGCCGCAUCAGCGGCAGGGAGGAGCUAAUGGAACCAGGCGGCGCAGACAAGGAUAAGCAAAAGGAGGUCGCGAUUGGAUUAGGGAAAGAUUUCCAGAAGGAUGUUGAACUGCCACGGGAGCAGCAACCAGCCUGCUCCAUGUCCCUGGGCUUUAAGCCACACGUCCAGUUCCAGCGGGUGCCACAUGAGAGUGUUGGCCGCCUCCUGGCCAGCACAGAGGCUGCCCUGGCAGCCGCCAAUAGCUCGGCCUACGCCACACCCAUGUCCGCGAUUCCGGAACCGUUUUCCACAUUGCGUCACGUCGUCGACGAGGCCACGCAGUGCAACAAUCUGGGCAACGAUGUGUCCGCCUCCAGUGAGUCAAUGACCUCGCUGGGGUCGCUUGUCUGUCGUAUUUGUCAUAACGCCGAUAAUCCCGAACAACUGGUGUCGCCCUGUUUGUGCAAGGGCUCGCUGACAUAUGUCCAUGUGCACUGCCUGGAGCGCUGGAUUAGCACCUCGCACUGCACGAUAUGCGAACUUUGCCAGUUCCACUACAACACGGAGCAGACGCUGCGGUACUCCUGUCUGCAGUCGCUGCGAAUUUGGUAUUCGCGUGCCAUGAGCCGCCGGGCCCUGCAGGAGGACUGCCAGAUGUUCUCGCUGCUCACUCUGGUGGCCUUUGGGAUCAUUGGCACCCUGCUGGUGGGCAUCCAGUACUAUGCCAUGAACAAUCAGUCCUGGGCCAUGAGCAAACUCUGGACCAAGUCCUGGAUGCUCUUCUUUCUGUUCAUGACGGUAACAGUGUACUUUGCCAAUAUUUUCAUGCUGGUCAAGUCCCAACUGACGCCUUGGUAUCGCUGGUGGCAGUCUGCAAGAGAUAUCAAACUGAUUCUGGAGAAUCGGCGACCCUUUCCGAACCCGAGUCGCCUGAAGCACCUGGCCGUCGACGCCGGCUCGCUUUCCGCCUCCAUGAUCACCCAUCACGAUCAGCAAGAGCUGCCACCACCCGUGCCCGUGACCUCUGUGCCGACAACCUCCAGCGAGGAGGAGCAGCUUGGUAGCAAGGCCGGCCGUCAGUGGGGCAAGCGUAUGGAGAGCGCUAUGCUGGCUGCGGCCAUUGCAGCCACAGUGGAAUCGAUUGCUGACGCUAGUGCCCGGGAGAGCGAGAGCAAGGCUGAGCAGGAGCGCGGCCAAGAGCAGCGUCGUACCGAGCAGCCAUCUGAAGGCACCGGCAACUAAAGGGGCAAUGAAAAGAGCCACGCAGACAGACGGACAUUGGAGACGGAAAGGAGCAAGAGGCAUGGCGGUGGCAUGGCGGUGUUUGCGUGUCAUUUGUUUAAUGUAGUUUCAAUACUUUUAAUGAACUUUCCCAAUGAGCGGACUUCAAUUAAGUCCGGGCCUGA